AUUUUUGUUGUUUUUUCUUAUUUCAUUCAUUUUGCUAGAUCAGUCCAAUAUUCAAUAUUAUGGAUAAGAAAACCACUUCAUCAGCGAUUGAUGUCAAAGAUGUCGAAAAUAGCACAACUUUUGGAUCUCGACUAUUAGAAAGUGAAGACUCUGUAUUUAAUCACAAUGCUUGGGAUCAUGUUGAAUGGGAUAAAGAACAAGAAGAAUACGCUCAAGGACAAAUCCAAAAACACUUGAAUAGCCCUGUACCUGAAGAAGAACAAGAGAAAUAUUAUGCAAAUCCUGCUGAAUAUUGGAAUACAUUUUAUACCAAGAAUGAAAAUAGAUUUUUUAAGGAUCGUCAUUGGUUGAAAUUAGAGUUUCCAGAACUCUUCGAAGCUGCUACUGCUGAGGCAGGCAAGAAACGGGUAUUCGAAGUAGGAUGUGGCGCUGGCAACACCAUGUUUCCAUUAUUGGAGCAGAGUCAAAAUCCUGAUCUGUUUGUCUAUGCGGCGGAUUUUUCAUCAACAGCAGUGCAGGUGGUGCAAAGCAAUCCUGAUUACGAUACAUCACGAUCCAAGGCUUUUGUUUGGGAUUUGGCUAGUGAAGAUUUACCAGAAACAAUUGAAGAAGGAUCUUUGGAUAUCAUUGUGAUGAUUUUUGUAUUUUCAGCUCUGGCACCGGAACAAUGGAAACAAGCUAUCAACAAUAUCCAUCGUAUGCUCAAACCUGGUGGAUUAGUUUUAUUCCGUGAUUAUGGACGGCAUGAUUUGGCUCAAUUACGAUUCAAAGAAAAGCGAUUGUUGAAAGAAAACUUCUAUAUUAGAGGUGAUGGUACUCGUGUUUACUUUUUUACUCCUCAAGAAUUAGAUACCUUAUUCUCUCAACCUCAACUAGAUGGUCAAUCUCCUUUAUUUAAAACUGAACAAAAUGCUGUGGAUCGUCGAUUAUUAGUCAAUCGAAGUAGAAAACUCAAGAUGUAUCGGGUUUGGCUUCAAGGCAAAUUUAGAAAGUUAUAGAUAAACUUAGUUAUAUUGUUUAUUUUAUAUAUAUAUAUACAUAGAUGUUCCAGAAUAAAGUUUAUUAUACAUAUUGAU